GUUACCCGGAAGUACUUAGGUAUUUUCUUCCUAUUCACAGCGGUAAAAUGUAUGCGUGACAGUUGGAUUUAACAAACAAAACCGUUCAUAUACCUCACUGAACAAAACACUGUUUGCGUUUUCUAUGGCGGUUGCAACGGUUCAAUUUGCGUUGUCGACUUGAAACUGGUUAGGGAAUGAAGAAAAGUCAUUCAUGGUACGUUAUUCAUAAUGAAGAGAAAGCUCGGGGGAUUUUUGUUCGGCAAUGCCAGUGUGUUCAGCUAACGAAGUUGAAGAAGUUUCCAAUCUUCUGAUUGACGGUCAGUGGUAGUAGCUAGCUUUCUCAGGUGGUUAACUCAAUAGCUGUUGUGGCAAUGACUUCUAGAGGUAGAGGAACCCAAAAGUCAAAUAUAACUGGUGCAAAAAUUACUUCACGCAAUGUUAUAUCUUGUUAUAAAGUCGGAUACACCUGGAACCGAGGUGGAAGACUCAAGGAGUUGAGAAUAAGGCACCUUGCACGGAAGUUUCUCAAACUAUGGAUGCAGAAGACCUUUGGACGUGUUCAUCCUUACAAAGCCAGGUCUCACCAUCGCAGAGUGGUGCUACAGCGGGCUCAGGGGGGCUGGAAGGAUGAGUGGUGGACAGCCAGGAGGGAGUGGAGCCUCACAGUGAGGGCAGAGUGCCAUUACAGAUAUUAUCUGUAUAACCAGGUGUUCCAUGGCUGGCAGAGGUUUGUGUCUUUACAGAAGGAGGAGAGGAGGAUAUUCCAAAAAGCAACAUGUUUUGCUGAGAGGUGGUGUCAGCGUGUGGCCUGGGACAGCUGGGAAGUGUACAUCGAGAUGAGGAGGAUGAAACACAGGAUGCAAGAAUCUGCUCUUCAGUUCCGGAAACUCACAGCUCUACGUUGGAUGUGGACUGUGUGGCAGACUGGGCUGCAGAGGAGAUAUGAUGCCUGUGUUAUGGAGGACCAAGCACUGCAGCACUGGGCUCUGACGCUACAGGGCAGAGCAUGGCUUCAGUGGAGAGAAGUGUACAUGCUCGCCUGUAGUUGGAGAGAGAGGGAGUCCAAGGCUUCACUGCACUACAUACAUGGGAUGCAAAGAAAGGGUCUCUGUGGCUGGAUCAGCUAUGUUCACCUCCGCCAAACUAAGAGGAAACCCCAAGAUGUUGCGGUGCGAGCCUGGCAACUCCAGUUGGUCAGGAGGUAUUGGUUUGUGUGGAAAAGUGGACUACAGAGCAGACAGAGAGAGGUGGACAGAGGGCAGGCUUCUUAUAGACUGGCACAACGCAGCACACAGCGCAGGGCACUGGAGCACUGGAGACACUACAGGAGGAUGUGCAUGCAGGAGUCUGAAAGAGACCAGGCUGCAAGUCAACACCAACACCGCCAUCUACUGGACACUGGAUUGAGAAGUCUGACCCUCAAUGUCACUCGGAGCAAAACUUAUCGUCUCAACAAGAACAUCGCUGUCCAGCAUCAUCAUCACACUGUAACAUGCAGAUAUUGGAGACUCUGGCAGCAACGUCUUGAGGAAGCUGAAGAUCGGGGACUUCAGAUGCAGAUGCAGAUGGCACUGACCCACCACAGCACUUCACUGCAGAGCAAUUGCUUGUGCCACUGGAGAGAGCAGCUUGUUGAACACAGACACAUGCAGGGGCUGGAGCGUCGUGCUGAGGCCUGGUUUGCUGACCACAUCUUUCCACAGUGUCUUGACUCAUGGGUUGAGUUUACCUGCCAGAGGAGACAGCAUAGGGAGAGGACAGAGAUUGCACAACUCCAUAAUAAGCAGCAUCAGUACACUUGGGCCUUCUAUACCUGGUGGGGACGUUCAGAGGAGAGGAAGGAGCAGAGACUGGCUGAGAGGGUGGCCUUGCUGCAUGAGGAGAGGUCGUGUUUGAUGAGAGCCUGGGACCACUGGCAGCGGAGGGCGAGGCAACAACAGCAGGAGAGGGAGAAGCAGAGAGCUUCUGAUACACUGUACCGCCGUACUCUAGUCCACAACACACUCAGCCAGUGGAAGGACAAUGUCACUGUGAUCCGGGACAGGCGAAAACGAGAGGAGCAGGCAGGUCGACAUAGUGAUGUGCGUUGUGUGAGACGCGCCCUGAGUGGCUGGAGUGAGUAUGUCCAGCACAGAACAGAGAAGAACAGCAGGCUGGAUCAGAUGGACAGUUACUAUGAACACAGACUUCUCAAACACACUUUACAGGCCUGGAAGGAGCAUCACCUCCGAAGACAACAGGUCUAUGAGCAUGUAGAGGAGCGCAACAGUCAACAUCAGAAACACUUCCUCAGGAGGAUUCUGCGUGUGUGGAAGGAGAAUGUAGCCCUGUUGGCAGCAGCCAGCAGCAGAGAGAAGAGAGCAGAGAACCACUACCAGCACUGCGUUCAGGUUAAGAUGCUGUUGGGAUGGAGGAAAGCCACAUCUUGUGCAGUGUCAAACCGUCACCAGCAGAGAGAGGCGGUGAGCAAGGCUCAGACUCACAUGGAUAAAGUGAGGCAGGAGGCGACUUUCAGGAGAUGGAGGGAGCGAAGCAGAGAGGUUGUGGAGGACAGUAUAGGCAUGGAGAAAGCCAUAAGGCUCCACCACCACUUUCUUCUCUGCAGAACAUUCAGAUCAUGGACUAUGUACCAGCAGCAUCAGCAGAGCUACAAGGUGAUGAAAGGGAGAGGCUACUUGCUGCUGAGACAGAAAACAUGCCAGCUCUUCUUUGCACACUGGAAAAUUGUGCUGCAGCACAGAAGGACAGAGGCUGAGCAGACAAAACUGGCCCUCUGGCAUUGGUCCCUCAGUCUGCAGGCCAAGGUGCUGGAGGCCUGGAGACUGUGGGUCACAGAGCAGGACAGAAAGCAGGAAAGGCUGGCCCAGGCUGCCCAGUUCUAUAGAGAUCAGCUGCUGAGGGAAGGAGUGGCCCACGUCCUCACACACGCCGCUCACAUGGGCAGCUUCAGCACCAACAUAGCACUGCACAGCCAGGAGCAGAGCUUGCGGCGUCUCCAGAGGGUGGUGCUGCGUUGUGCCAUGCAGUGGAAACAGCGGGCCCUGAGUGGACCACACAGGGCGAGACCGCCUAGAGCGAUAGCAGUGCCCCCCAAGAGUGUGACCUUCUGUUUACCCAGCCCUGACCCAGAGUGCCGCACCCACAGCCGUACACAGACCCAGAGUGGCAUAGUGGAGCAGAGAGCAGGAGACGGCAUCCUCAACCACCUGGUGGCGGUGCGUGCUUCUAGACUGCAGCCACGGCGGCCUAGAGAUCUGCUUGAGUCCCCGGUCAAAGAGCUGCUCCCACCUACAGCUCCUCUACAUAAAAAACCCAGUCCUCUUCCACAUCAAACCAAGGUCCCAGGGACAGCGAACCUUUACCCUACUACAGCCUCCCUCCCCAUCUCUCCCAUACACGCACACCCAGCUCCCCAUCUCAGUUUCCCAAUGGCCCCACAUCAUGGAUCACUAGGCCAGGACUUACUCCUGCCCCCUUCCUCAUUCAUGGCCACCCACACUCAAACUAAGGUGAGGCAGCCUAGUGGCUCAUGGGAAAGUGACUCCUCACUACUGCCCCCCAAUGAGUUCUCCACCCUCCAUCAACAGCCAGAGUCUGAUGGAGAAGAUGUGUUAACUGAGGAGGAGAAUGUGGAUCCCACUUUAGCCUGGACCAGAGAGCUGCUCAACAUUCGUCUGGACAUGCAGCGCUUCCAACAGGACCGCAAGCUACUUCAGGCGUGGCGAAGACUUGAAGAAGUAUUGAGAAGCUGGCUGCAGACGAGUGGAAGUGAGGGAGAAACUGAGGAGAGUAACACUAUCCGCAAAGAGUUGGAGCAGCUGGAGGAGCGUAUUGGCAGACUGUCAGCUGAGCUGGCAGAGCAGAAGCCUGUGAUGAUCCUCCACGCUGCCAGGAUCCACAGGAUAGAGUGUGUUCUCCUCCAAAGCAGCACAGCCACAGGCCAUUCUCAGUAAGCCUCCAGAGCUACUGCUCAUCACUCCACACUAGGUGACAGGACCAGGGCCGUCCCAGUGCCAUGGGUCAGGAGGAGAACCAUAGACCUAUAUAAAGGAGCACAAGGACUUCUGAUGAGACUAUACCUGUCCAUAUUUUUGACAUGUCAUUCUCUACUGGUUGUUUUUAUAGUAUAAAACCAUAAGAACAGAAUUAUUCUAAAUAGAUUUAAGAUUUAUGGAAAUUCUUCAAUUGUAGCUUUUGAAUUUAUUAUCCUAAUCUGGGUGAAAAUCGGUUUGACUAAAACAGAAAGAAUGGCAUGGCAAGACAGCUGUGUAAGAUAUGUUUGACUUGACUAUGUUGUAAUGGCCUUUAUUUUACUGUAUACUGUAAAUGACAUCAUAUGUUAGUGUGUUUUUACAUGAUUUAAUAAAAUACUGCCUUCAGAAAGUAUUCACA